AUGCCCCUGGGAGAUGAUUAUGUCAUGGUGAAAGGAGCGACUGGCCAAAGUGAAAAGGCAUAUUUUUGUAAACCUUUAGAAUAUAAGUUAGGAAAACAGUGGGGCAUUCAUAAAUUUUUAUAUAUGCCCAACUCCCCAAAGCCACUUCUGGAAAGGGACUUGUUGGAACAAUUGGGAGCAAAAAUUGUAUUCAAAAAGGGAGAAAUUACUCUGGAGGUAAAAGAUCAGCAAUAUAUUCAAAUAUUGAGCCUAACCUUAACCAGUCUCCCCCUAGAAGGAAGCAUUAAUGAGGACAUCUUAAACCAAGUGUACCUGGGGGUGUGGGCUACCGAUGCACCUGGAAGAGCGAAAAGUGCUCCACCUGUUGAAGUUAGGAUCAAGGAAGGCCAAAAGCCGGUAAGAAUUAAACAAUAUCCCCUAAAGAAGGAAGACAGAGAAGGAAUCCGGCCAGUGAUAGAAAAAUUUUUGCAGUUAGGGUUACUAAAAGAGUGUGAGUCUGAAUUCAAUACCCCUAUAUUAGCUGUUUGGAAGCCCGAUGGGUCAUAUCGGGUGGUCCAAGACUUACGGGCGGUGAAUAAGAUAACUGAAGAUCUUUACCCAGUAGUGGCGAACCCAUAUACCCUGUUGACCAUAUUAACACCUGAAUUGACUUGGUUUACUGUUUUAGAUUUGAAAGAUGCUUUCUUUUGCCUCCCUCUCCAUGAAGCCAGCCAAAAAUUAUUUGCAUUUGAAUGAGAAAACCCCAAGAGUGGUCAAAAGACCCAGCUCACUUGGACAGUGUUGCCACAAGGAUUUAAGAAUAGUCCUACCAUUUUUGGCAAUCAGCUUGCGAAAGACUUAGAAUCCUGGGAAGCCCCAUCUGAGGAGGGGAAGCUGUUGCAGUAUGUGGAUGAUAUCCUGAUCGCCACCAAAACAGAGAAAGAUUGUAUGACAUGGACGGUGAGUCUGUUGAAUUUCCUGGGACUCCAGGGGUACCGGGUAUCCAAGAAAAAGACACAGGUAAUGCAACGCAAAGUGAAUUAUUUGGGCUAUGAAAUUAGUGCAGGACAAAGAACUUUGGGACAGGCCCGUAAAGAGGCAAUAUGUCAAACUCGGAGACCUCAGACAGUAAAAGAGUUACGGACUUUUCUGGGAAUGACAGGGUGGUGCCGAUUGUGGAUCUAUAAUUAUGGAUUGCUUGUUAAACCACUGUAUGCGUUGACAGCCACUGAGCAGAAACACCUUGAGUGGAAUAAGGAGACCGAACGAGCCUUUGAGCUACUGAAAAAGGCUUUGAUGUCGGCCCCGGCCUUAGGACUCCCAGAUGUGAGUAAGCCGUUUCUUCUUUACUCCCACGAGAAGCAGGGCACUGCCCUGGGAAUAUUAGCACAAAACCUGGGUCCAUAUCGACGGGCAGUUGCCUACCUCUCUAAGCAGUUAGACACAACUGCAAAAGGUUGGCCUGGAUGCCUGCGGGCAGUUGCGGCUGUGAUACUGAAUAUACAGGAAGCCCAAAAGUUUACUCUGGGCCAGAAAAUGACUGUUCUGGUGUCUCACACAGUAUCAGCAGUACUGGAAGCAAAAGGUGGACACUGGCUCUCUCCACAAAGAUUCCUGAGAUAUCAAGCUAUAUUGGUAGAGCAGGAUGACGUGGAGAUUGUAGUCACUAACAUUGUCAACCCAGCUUCUUUUCUCAGCGGGAACACAGGAGAACCGGUACAUCAUGACUGUUUGGAAACCAUCGAAGCAACAUACGCCAGUCGCCCAGACCUGAAAGACAGCCCCAUGGAAAACGGGGAAACUUGGUUCACAGACGGAAGCAGUUACGUCCUAAAUGGUAAUCAACAUGCGGCAUAUGCCAUCACCACCAGCCAAGAGGUAAUAGAAUCAGGGGCUUUGCCCAUGAACACCUCCGCACAGAAGGCAGAAAUAAUUGCUCUAACCCGCGCCCUGGAAUUGGCCCAGGGCAAAGUUGUGAACAUUUAUACAGACUCAAAAUAUGCCUUUGGAGUUGUACAUGCACAUGGAGCAAUUUGGAAGGAGAGAGGACUAUUGAGUUCUCAAGGGAAAAAUAUCAAACACGCAGAAGAAAUUCUGAAGUUACUGGAAGCUGUCCAGCUCCCUAAGAAAGUAGCAAUUAUGCAUAUUAAGGCACACCAGAAAGUGAGCUCAGAUUUGGAAAAAGGGAAUGAGCUGGCGGACAGAGAGGCAAAACAAGUGGCCAAAACAAAGGUAAAACCAGAAGGGGCCUUAAUUCCUGAUAGGCAGAUUUCCCUAGAAGUGGUUCGAUGUGGCCUUUUGUGCUGUAAGAGUACAGGAGACUCUUACAGUGAAUGGAAAAAGAAUCAGUUACGACGAAAACUGGAGACCAACAAAUACUUUGAGAGGAUGCUAGAUAGGGAAAAAAUGUAUUAG